UCGAGACCGACUCCGCAGUCAGCGUGUCAAGGCAAAUGACGCACUCUGUCGAGCUCGCGGUCUUCGCGUUCUUCACCGUCACCGUUAUUGGCAUAGGCCUAGGGCUUGCCUUCAAGAGGAUAGGCCGUCUGACCAUCGAAGAAAUGUUCCUCGGCAGCAGGACAUUACGAAUGGUUCCGUUGGCCCUGUCCUCCCUGGCCUCCGUCAUGUCGUCAACGGGAAUCAUCGCGUUCACUGCCCACUACUACGCUUACGGCCUUCACUUGGGAUGGACGGCGUCACUGGCGACCUUACUACUGAUCCCCUUCACGAUUCAUGUCGAUGUACCCGUACUUUACAGACUGAAGAUCACGUCCGUAUUUGAGUAUCUCCGAGCGCGGUACUGCGACAAGAUUUCCCUGACAGCCUGCAUACUGUAUUUCAUUCUAACGCAAAGCACUGGAGCGAUAUCUAUCUGCGCUGCAGCGAUGGCAAUGGCAACAAUCAUCCACGUCCCGUUCUUGUGGAGCUGCCUCGCGAUGGGUCUAACAGGAACGGUCUACACAACUCUUGUAAGUAUGCCCAUAUUAUUGUUCAAUGAACCAAUGUCUUUGUUUUGAUUUUUACUAUAGAUCAGCCGCAAUCGGGACAAUCGGUUCCUCCUCUGUAUUUUUCGUAGAGUGGGUGUUUUAUAAUAUUUAGACAUUUCUCUAAUCCCAGCACGGUGUAAGAAUCUCUCAUCCCCAAAUGGGCGCCAUUGCCGCUUUGGCAAAUGAGCGAA